UGCUCAAGGAUCUCAGUCAACUCCUCUCACCAUGAAGAGUUUUGCUCUUCUUUUCCUAGUAGUGAUCUGUGGCAUGGGAGGAUUGGGACAGAAGGUGAAGCCAAAGAAAAGAAGCAAUGGUGAAGUAAUCAAUUUUCGGACUAAAACCAAAGAUGUUUGCACAAUGAGCAUGAGUGGGGAUGAGGAAAUGAAACUUAGAAUUGAAUGCAAAAGCCAAGGCAUGACCUACUGGUGUGAAUUCACUGGCAAGCCAUCAGUCUGUCGUGCUUUCAGAAACAACCCAAAGAUUUACUGGAACCAGAUCGCCAUGGAACUUAGAAAGCUCCCGCAUGCCUGCGAAUCCACACAAGUGUUGAAGAUCACUAUGUGUCAAAAGGCUCCCUCAGCAGCUCUCAUGAGGCAAAUAGCUGCUGGUGUGGAGCCAGAAGAUGUAGCAAACCAGGUCAAAUCAGUCCAGAAAACUUCCACUUCUGGGAGUGGAGCAGGGAAAAGCUCGGCUAAGAAAAUAUUGAAACCUCCAAUACUACCUCUUAUAAAACCAACCCAACGUGGUCAAGGGUCUGAAAAUGAAACAGAAGCAAUGAAACUGGCCCGGGAACAUUGCUGGGAAUCCCUGCAUGGUUUCUGCUCCUACAUUAUUGGAAUCUUCAGAGGUUAAGGGUUCA